AUGAAUUUCAAGGAAAAAGUGAGAGGUAGUAUGAAAAGCCGAGGAGAGAUUAUUAAGAACCUCGAAUCUCAAGUAGGGCAUCUUUCACAGCAGAUUUCGAAGUCCACUGAUAGUUUUCCAAGUGACAAUGAGAAAAAUCCAAGAGGGAAAAUGAAGAAGGUGAGAUGGGAAGAGUGUAAGGCAGUUACUCUUGCAAAUGAAGAAAUCCUGGAAGAAGAUACCAGCAAGCCAACAGAGCACAGCCAAGGAAGUUCCCAGGGCAACUUGGAGAAAAAAGAACAAGGAAAUGGAUCUGUACAGAGGAAAGAACCAACAAGGAAGGAAAUGCUAAAACCUUAUGUGCCAAGGGCACCAUUUCCCCAGAGACUCAUGGGAGGUGAGAAAGAAAAUUCAUACUUAAGAUUCCUAGUCAUGUUUGCAUCUCUCAGUGUCAACAUUCCCUUUAUCAAAACCCUCCAACAGAUGCCUACAUACAUCAAGUGCGUGAAAGAGUUGCUGACCAAGAAAGGAACCUUGAAAGGGGGACAAACAGUGAUGAUGAACAAGGAAUGUAGUGCCCUCAUCAAGAAGGACUUACCUCUGAAGAAAAAAGAUCCGGGGAGCUUUCAUAUCCCCUGUGCCAUAGGAGAUACAAGAAUUAACAGAGGAUUCUGUGAUCUAGGAGCUAGCAUAAAUGUGAUGCCUCUAUCUCUCAUGAAGAGGUUGCAAAUCAAUGAACUGAGAUCCACAGAUGUAUUCAUCCAAUUGGCUGAUAAGACGUAG